AUGUCGUACGUUUGUGUGCGGUCCUGUCUGGAGCGUACCUGGCCCCGUCUGACGGCGGCUGAGAAAGCGGUACUCACGGAAUGCGCAGUGUCGUCUCUCCAAGGUGUGCUGGCUACCUGGGCAGGUGUUACCAUUGUCUUCAACUGCAAUGACGUCAUACACUGGCUAGCUGACUGGUACUCUGGGUUCUGUCUACCGUACUUUGGGUACGACAUCUGGGCCAUGUACCAAAGCACGAGUUGUCAGCUGGCCUCAUCCGGGGUACGGUUGCCAUGGGCGACGGUACUGACCAAUCGUGGGUCGAUGGUCGCUCAUCACGUGAUCAUCCCCGCCAUCUUCUUACCAGCCUCGCUGUUGCGUGGUGGGAAAGGAGACUUCUAUGUUGGAUGCUUCUUUCUUUAUGAAGCUUCUACUCCACUCACCAACUUCAGACACGCACUUAGUCAGCUGAAUAUGAAGGAGACUGGCCUUUACUAUGCCAAUGGCUUUCUGAUUCUGGUAACGUUCUUCCUUUGGCGUAUCGCUAUCUUCCCCUUCAUGCUGUGGGCCUAUGAACAACAGUACGGACUCCUGCUAUCGGACGCCCCCUACCGGCUCCCGUGGAAGUGCAGCGCGGGGUGUGCUGUGGUGAUGACGUUUCAGUGUUACUGGUUCACAAAGAUGCUUCAGAUAGUUCAUAGGACCAUUCGGAAUAAGAUUCUCCAACAGAUGUAA